CCUGUGGAAAAUGAAAGAAGCAAUCGGAUUGGUUGCUAUGGGCAACUGAGGCCUGUGGAAAAUGAAAGAAGCAAUCUGGUUUCUAUGGGCAACUGCACCACUCUUCCUCUGCACAGUGUUUACUUAGCUCCGCCCCUCAUUCCUCAGUGCGGGCCCCGCCCCCAGGACGCUCGGCCGUCCCAGCAGCCAAUGCGGUGAGGCCGCGGACCAAUAGGAGGGCCGGACAUUGCCGGGUGCGGUUGUUAGGAGCAGGCUGGUUGCUAAGGGACGGGAAUCUAUCGGGGAAAGAAGCUGCGAGAUGGAGUCCGGCGGGGACUGGGGAACCGGAACCAGUAUUCUGGAUGAUGAGAACGCCCGUCUCCGCCAGCUGAAGCUGCACAACCAGCGGGCCCUCCUGGAGCAGAAGCAGCGGAGGAAGCGGCAGGAGCCACACAUGGUGCAACCAAACCUGGAGCCCCGGAGCCGGCGAGGACGGGCCAAGAAGAGCGAGGAGCAGGCCCCCCUGGUGCAGAGCGUCACCCCCACAUCUGCCGCCUCUCAUCCCGUUUUAGAUGGAAUAGACGGUCCGGCCGCGUUCCUCACCUCGGAGAGCCAGGAUCUGGAGUAUAGGAUUCACAUCCUGUCGGUGGGAGAGACCUGUCCCGAUGAGAUCGCGUCCGACGACUCCAGGCCCAACUCCAGCGAGGUGAACGGCAGAGCCGGACCCCCUCAGGGCAAACCCACCGCCGCCAAAGAACGGAAAGGCAAAUCUCGGAUACCGGAGACAAAACCCAGAAGCAACCAGAGCCUCUUAACAGAGGUGAAGACAUUUACUGCUCCCCCCAGCGAACCUACAGCCGGACCUGAGGAGGAGGAAGAGACCCCCACAAAACCUGAGGUGUCCAAACGGUACCUGCAAGAAAUGCUGCAGGAGAGGGGUCUCUCGGAGAGUCUGAGGUUUGAUGAAGAGUCUUCAGAUGAGGGGGAGACGGAGUCGGGGGGCACCCGUCCUGGAUCUUCCUCCAGUAAGAAGUCUCUGACGGACUCGGCCUCUGCAGACCCCGCUCCAGUAGCGCCCCCUGCAGAUGGGGUAGAUGUGGGAGAACUGAAGGAGUUUGCUGUCCGUCCAGCCCCUCGGGGCGUAACUAUAAGAUGCAGGAUCAGCCGUGACAAAAAGGGGAUGGACCGCGGGCUGUAUCCCACCUAUUACAUGCACCUGGAGAGGGACGACAGCCGGAAGGUUUUCCUUCUUGCUGGAAGAAAGAGGAAGAAAAGCAAAACCUCCAACUACCUGAUCUCCACGGACCCCACAGACAUGUCCCGGGAAGGGGGAAGCUUUAUAGGGAAACUCCGAUCCAAUCUAAUGGGGACCAAGUUUACAGUAUAUGACAGCGGACAGAACCCGGGCAAGGCUCGGGGGUUAGCGGACGGCUGCGCGGUGCGGCAGGAGUUGGCGGCGGUGUGUUAUGAGACCAAUGUGCUGGGCUUCAAGGGGCCCCGGAAGAUGUCGGUGCUGAUACCGGGAAUGAACAUCAACCACGAUCGCAUUCCCUUCCAGCCACAAAACGAGUCGGAGAGUCUUCUGUCCAGGUGGCAGAGCAAGAACCAGGAGAACAUCAUCGAGCUGCACAAUAAAGCCCCGGUGUGGAACGACGACACGCAGUCCUACGUGCUGAACUUCCACGGCCGCGUCACCCACGCUUCCGUCAAGAACUUCCAGAUCGUCCACGACAAUGACCCCGAGUAUAUCGUCAUGCAGUUCGGUCGUGUGGCAGAAGAUCUCUUCACCCUGGACUACAGUUACCCGCUGUGCGCCCUGCAGGCGUUCUCCGUGGCCCUCUCUAGUUUUGACAGCAAGCUGGCGUGUGAGUGAGGGGCCCCUGUAUACAUGAAGCUUCUCUGCUAAUCCCUGUACGGCUGAACCUAACCUGGGAGCGAUGUCCGUUUCUGAGGAACCGCCGUGCCUUUAAAUCGCCCCAAAUAGGCAGCAGCCCUGGGGCCCGACCCUGCGCCUCCUGUACGGUGUAUGUAACUCAAGCUUCGCACAUAGGAACCACGUGUAGGUUGUGGACUGACUACGAUACUUGAUCUGAUAUGUAAUGUACAGUGCUGUGUGUGGUCCCCUGUGUACAGCACUGUGUAUAUUCGCUGCUGCUUUAUAUUGGCUUAGUGUACGGUACUUUAUAUAGAACUCUAUAGCUGGAUACAGCCUUAUAUUCAGCCUUGUGUACAGCGCUGUGUAUAGUGCCUGCAGCCUUAUAUUCAG